UUUCUCUCUCCCUUCUUUUGGAGCAGCAGUUGGAUCCCCCUCAGAAGGAAAGGCUUGGAGCUGCCCUAGUUGAGAUGGACCAGCAGCUCAGGAAGCUGACAGACACACCCUGGCUCUGCCAGCCCAUGGAGCUUGGUGAGGAAGAGAAUGUGAUGCUGGAUCUUUCUAAACGCAGCCGCAGUGGUAAAUUCCGCCUCGUGACCAAGUUUAAAAAGGAGAAAAAUAAUAAGAACAAAGAAGUUCACAGUAGCCUAGGAGCCCCUGGACCUCGGCGUGACCAAAGUGGGCCACAUGAAGAGGAUCCUUUGUGGGAUCAAGGAGCUGAGCCGGAGCUCCCCUGCCGCCGAGGCCUAGCCUCUGCAUUCUCUGCCUGCAUCUUCCGCUCCUCCCGAGACUGAGGCCCAGGGAGGACACUGCCACCACUCAGCCCCUGGCCUUUCUCAUGGUGCUAUUCCCUUUGUUAAUGACAGGAAGCCUGAUGCCCCUUGGUAACAGCUUUGAAGUCUUGAACGUA